GCCACAAAGGUGCCCGCAGCCUCUGCCUCCUGGUAGCUUUGCAAAGCUGCUACGAAGCCCGGGAGCGCAUCCUCCUCGGCCUCCAGGCUCAGCUUGCCCGAUAGGGCUGGCCCAGAAGGCCGCAGGGCCGACAGCCAGACCUGGGGCGGGAAGCGGUGCGCAAAGGGGAAGGCCGAGCGAGCGCGGUACAAGAACAGGACCCCGUAGCCCCGAGCCAGGAAGACCUCGGCCGACGUGGCCCCGCGCCGCCCGCUGCUGAAGUUGUCCAGAAAGCGCACGGGUCGCGCUUCCAGAGGGACCUUAGUGCCGCCUGACGUGACCAACACCACCCGCCGGCCCUGCGCGCCCAUCCUGGCCGCGAAGCUAGCCAUAACCUCCGCCCAGCGUUCGGCACCCGCGGGCCGUGGGAACUCCGUGACCAGUGGUCCAGUACACCAGAGAGCUGACUGGGGCAGUAUUCAUGAGAAGAUAUGCCAGCUCCUGAUUCCACUACGCACUGCAAUGCCCUUCUACAACUCAGAAGAGGAGAGGCAGCAUGGCCUACAGCAGCUGCAGCAGCGACAGAAGCACUUAAUUGAAUUCUGCUACACCGUCGCCCAGAAAUAUCUUUUUGAAGGAAAGCAUGAAGAUGCCGUCCCAGCAGCUUUGCAUUCCCUUCGCUUCCGCAUGAAUGUGCAUGGCCUGAAUUCAGUAGAGCUUGUGCCCGCUUACCUGCUGUUGGCUGAGGCUAGCCUUGGUCUGGGCCGGAUUGUGCAGGCUGAAGAAUAUUUAUCCCAAGCCCAGUGGACAGUCCUCAAGUCAACUGACUGUAGUAAUGCCACCUACUCUUUACUGCAUCGGAACCUGGGACUUCUCUACAUGGCCAAGGAGAACUUUGAAGAAGCCCGUUAUCAUCUGGCCAAUGAUAUUUAUUUUGCAAGUUGUGCAUUUGGAACAGAGGACAUUAGGACCUCAGGAGGCUAUUUCCACUUGGCCAAUAUCUUCUAUGGCCAUAAAAAAAAAGACGUGGCAGAUACAUUGUAUACUCAGGUCUCAGAAAUCUGGCAUAAGUAUUUGAAUGAUCACUAUCAAGUCCUCUCACAGGCUCGUGUCCAACAAAUAGAUUUACUGGGCAAACAAUUUGUGAACGACACUGGCUUGGCAGACGAAGCCCAGGAGGCAGAAGCCAUUCGGAUCCUGACUUCAAUCUUAAGCAUUCGAGAACCUACUUCUGACAAAGCUCCCAGAAAAACUGUCCUGGUUCUGAAGACUCUGGCCAUGCUUUACUACCUGAUGAUGGAUUCAUUAAAGGCACACGAAUAUGCUGCAAGAGCUCUGAGUCUAGCCCAAGAACAUCUUAGUGUAGAGGAGCAAAAUGUUAUUCAAGAAUUACUAACUCUCAUCACAACCGAAGAGGAGCAACCCAUCACCUCGUGAGCUGUCCAGUGACCAGUACAAUCAGUUGUGCACAACUGCUCUGGGGUACUCUGAAUGACUAGUAUGUUCACUUUCCCCCUGGGACUGUGCAUGUAACUGAUGUCAUUAGCAUGUGUCACAUGUAAGGGAAUAUAGAGCUUUAGACACAGAAGUCAAUAAAACUGUUGUUUAUUAUGA